UGCUUUUCUCCUCUGUAUAUCACAGUAUACUUGUUGAUACCGCAUAAUACCUUCUCAGACUUUAGGAUGCGUAUUAGAUGCUUGUGUUCGAAGGUUGGAAGCAACUUGAAUAUAACCUGUAAAGCUGAAGGAUCUACAUAUUAAAUAUAUUUUAAGUUUUAAAUUUUCUACUGGAUUUUGCAGUAAAUGCGAAAAGUACUGCUUAAAAUAAAAGCCCAUGCUAUGCUGUGUCCAGUUUCAAUUAUAGACGGAAACUAGGUCGGAUUAUUAUUAAAAUCCUAACAGGAAUGAGUGAAAUUGAGACGAAAUUAUUAUUGCAUCCAGAAGCAAUAUGUGUCAGAGAAACAAAAAGUAGUAUUGAAGCAAAUACACGAGAUGAUUAUGAAAAUGACUGGUGGGCGAGUGACAGUAGAUCAAGCACGGGGUCUUAUUAUUCCGAUAACGAGAGCAGCCCCGUCGCUGAAUGGGAAUCGGAAAUCAAUCAUGUGGGUGAAGUUUUUUACAUUGAGUCAUUAUCAGACUCUGCGCAGGAUGAAGAUAAAUCGUCAGAAGAUCAAAAUAAACUUCAGUCCUCCGAAUUCACUAGAAGAAGAAGCACAAGGGCAGAAAAAUUAAUGCAUCUCAUUAAACGAAGGGAAAGCAACCGAUGUAGUAGCAGAACAAAAAAAUUAAACAACGUCUCAGAAAACCCUGAAAAUAUGCCAAAAACUCAAGAUAAGGACCUCUCAAUGCAUAAAUUCUCGAUGGGCGAAGUUUAUCAAGUUAUGCUAUCGAUAGAUCCAGAAAGAAAACAUAAAUUGGGAAGAAGAGCUUCCAUGUGUGAAGCUUACUUGGGCAUCAUACCAGGAAUUUCAUCUGACAACAUGAAUAUUCUAGUAGUAGGAUUGAUUUCAGACGGAGAAGCCAUAAAAAACCAAUGCAUAAAAGAGGGUGAUUAUUUAUGCAGUAUCAACUCUCGAAAUGUUACACCUGAAAAUUUAAAUUCUAUUCUUUCCGAUGUAAAUGCGCCUAUCAAUGUGGCUCUAGAAUUUCAACGCGUCAUAACUAAGGAUAAAAUGGAAAAGAUGCCUACCAUAAAUACUCCAAAAGUAAAAAAUUUUAACAUUAGACAAUCACUAUUAGUGAGGAGACUAAUUGACCAAAACAUGAGUAAAUCGUGCAAGGAAUCUUUUUUGAAGCACCCUUUUGGAAUUAUGUUUUUAAAAACGACAGGUCGUAAUGAGAUGGGACUAGAAUCACAAGAUAUUUUAUACGGAUUUCCUCGAUUGGAAGGCAGAAUCGAGCAGACAAUUCUAUUUUUAACAAGGGGAGCGUUUGUCACAUUAAAUCACAUGUUAUCCGAUACGUUGGGUUCUCGACCUAUAAGCUCAACUGUACGACUCGAAAAAGAACAACUUCAUAUUACAUACACUUUUCAAGAUGACAACCUACUGCUAAUAGCAUUACCAGAUAACUGUUGCAGUGAAUACGAAGCAAACAAGUUAUCCACAGAGAUUGCACUAAUACUUGAAUUUAUCCAUGAAAGUUUGACGAAGUGUUUCAUGUCUUCAGAAAACCACUCAUCACUGGAUCAUUUAUUUUUUCUUAUUUAUGAGCGUGUAUUACUCAAAAAUUCCUAUAUUGAUAAAAAUAACCUGGCUCAAUUCAAUAUGAGAUACAGUGAUAUUGCACAAGAAUGUGAAUUUGAAACUAUUUUACAUGCAGCACACUUGAUACGUUUGUCAAGAGAUGCACUGAUACAGAUAGAUGCCGCCCUGAAUGAAAUGGAAGCUAUGGAUUACAAGGAUUGGAAUGAAGAUCCAAUGGAUUGUCAGCGAUUGUACACUAUUAUCGGGAGUUGCCUAUACCACAAGAGUUACUUGCUGCGAUCUCAUUUGCCUCACGAUAAUUUAAUUCAAGUACAUGCUUUCCUACGACAGAAUGGAUUACUAAACCUUGUUACUAAGGAGUCACUAAAAUCUCUAAUAGUUUGGAAAAAAGUUUACCCUACUUUCGUUAAACAAGAGAUUGUAGAAACUACGCAUGGAUCAUCAUUAUUCCACAGACAAUGGUUUUUACUUGUCAUUGGGUACCAGCACGAUUUGCUGAUAGUUCUUCUCGAAUCUGGAGGAUGCACUGCAAAGCUUGAAGAAAAGAUUGGUCCGGAUGUAUUCUACGUCGAAGAAGCUCAGGAAACUUUAAAACAUAUACAGAAAAUUGGCAUAUCGACAUUGGUCGAAAAAUGGAUAUUGGCUAACGCUAGACCAGAAGUAAUUCUCCCGGAAGAACAAUCAACUGUUAAACCGAUUAUAAGUAUUGCUGAAAAUCUGUUAGGCUUUAUUAAAUCUUCUGAAACACAAAACCACUCUACUAAGCCAAGCUAUACCUCACCAAACAUAAAGGCACAAGAAAUAACUCCUACGUCAAAGCGGCAUAGUCCUGAAGAUAUUAAAUAUGCUUCUGGUUCAGUGUAUUCAUUUCAAACAUCCGAAGACUCUUCAAGUCAAGCAACGGAAGCCGUGAGUGAAUUAAGUGAUGAAGCAGCACCGAUACUUGGCAGACGAGCAACAAGAGAAAUGAUCAACGUCGCAUCGAAUUACUCUGAUGACAGUGACUCAGAUCUGGAUUUAUACAGAAGUGAGAGACAAUUUAGUAGAAUGGAGAUUUCAGAUAUCCGAGAAAAUCUUUUACACCAAGCUGAAUAUAUUACCCCGAAAGUAUUAACUUCCGGUGACAAAAAUUACUUAUUUCACUACGUCUAUCUAGAUCUAUUUGAAGGAAUUCUAAUUUCAUCAACUAUAGAUAGAUAUUUGAUUAAAAAUUCGGAACUACUCACGAAGUGUAGUAGAUGUGCACACGUCAUUCAUAGAUUAUUGCAAAAUACAGUGAGAUAUAAGAAAAUGUUAACGCAAGAUAUGGAUAAAUCUGUGAUUAAUAAGACUCUAGUAGCAAUAAAGGAGCACGGCGUACUGUUUGAUUGGAAUAAGACAACUUAUUGGGUUGUAGGGCGAAUGUACUCGACAUUUCAAGCGAAGGAGAUUUACGUUUGUUUUCAGGAUUCAGCUCCUCAAAACUUAGUUGAAAUGGCAUUUAGAUUGAAUUCAAUUGGAUGAAAUAAAUAUACUAAAUGAUGAUAACCUUGAUCUUCAUAGCAGAACGACCAAUCAUUAUGACAAGCCUUCUACUUUUAUACACAGAUCUGCACUGCAGAGUUCUCAUAUGAUGUAUUGGAUACAAAUAUAUUUCUAAUAAGUAUUUUUAAGCUCAGAAAUUAAAAAUAUGCAAAAG